GAGGGGAGAAACGAGAGGGGCCGGAAAGAGCCGAGAGGGACCGGAAAUAGCCGAACGAGGCCGGAAGGAGCCGAGUGGGGCCGGAAAGAGCCGAGCAGAGCCGAAGAAAGCCGAGCGUUUCCGGAAAUAGCCGAGCGAAGUCGGAAGAGACUGGAGAAACCGGAAGAGGCUCCAGAGGAGACCGGAAGCGGAAGUCUCGGCGCAGAGGAGUCAAGAUGGCGGCCGCCUGCGAUAACUGCGCGGCCUCCGUUGCUCCGUACACGUGUCCCCGCUGUAACCGCCGCCUCUGCUCACUCAGCUGCUACCGGGGACACGGAGCAUGCGCAGAGGCCUUCUACCGGGAGCAGGUGAUGAGGGAACUGCGCUCCGAACCGAAACCGGAACCGUCGGAACGGGCCCGGAUGGGGAAAGCACUGAGGGAGGUCGGCCAUGUUGGGGAGGGAGGACCGGAAGUGGGAGGACCGGAAGUGGAAGGACCGGAAGUGGAAGGACCGGAAGGGCUUUGGGGGAGGCUGAGCGAGGAGCAGAGGGCCGACUUCCGGCGGAAGUUGAGGAGCGGAGAGGUCUUCCGGUUCCUGCCGCAAUGGAGGCCGUGGUGGUGGGGGGGGGAAAGGGGAACCAACAUGGCCGACAAGAGAGAAGCCAAUAUGGCCGCCAAUGGUGAAGUCAACAUCAUGGCCAAUGAGAGGACGGCCAACAUGGCUGCCAAGAGAGAAGGCAACGUGGUCAACAAGAGCACAACCAAUAUGGCCGCCAAUGAGAGGAUGGACAACAUGGCCGCCAAGAGCAAAGCCAACAUGGCCGCCAAGAGAGGAGUCAACAUGGCUGCCAAUGGGGGCAAAGCCAACAUGGCCGCCAAUGGGGAUGGAGCCAACAUGGCCGCCAAGGGAGAAGUCAACGUGGCCAACAGGAAGGAGGAGCAGGACUGCAGGGUCCCCAAUGGCAAUGGGGUCAAUAAGGACAAUGGGGUCCCCAAUGAUGAUGACAGUGGGGUCCUUGAUGACAAUGGGGUCCCUAAAGACAAUGGAGUCUCUGAUGACAAUGGGAUGCCCAAUGAUGAUGACAAUGGGGUCUCCAAAGACAAUGGGGUCCCCAAAGACAAUGGGGUGCCCAAUGAUGACAAUGGGGUCUCCAAAGACAAUGGGGUCCCCAAUGAAGACAAUGGGGUCCCCAAAGACAAUGGGGUCCUUAAAGACAAUGGGGUCCCCAAAGACAAUGGGGUCCUUAAAGACAAUGGGGUCCCCAAUGAAGACAAUGGGGUCCCCAAAGACAAUGGGGUGCCCAAAGACAAUGGGGUGCCCAAUGAUGACAAUGGGGUCGCUGAUGGCAAUGGGGUCCCCAAUGAAGACAAUGGGGUCCCCAAAGACAAUGGGGUCCUUAAAGACAAUGGGGUCCCCAAUGAAGACAGUGGGGUCCCCAAAGACAGUGGGUUCGCUGAUGACAAUGGGGUCCCCAAUGAUGAUGACAAUGGGGUCCUCAAAGACAAUGGGGUCCUUAAAGACAAUGGGGUCCCCAAUGAUGAUGACAAUGGGGUCGCUGAGGACAGUGGGGUCCCCAAAGACAAUGGGGUCCUUAAAGACAAUGGGGUCGCUGAUGAUAAUGGGACCCCCAUUGAACCCAAUGUAUCCCCCAUUGACCCCGACUCGUUCCCAUUGGGCAUCCCGGGCCCGAUGCCGCCCCCUCCCCUUUUUGUGCCCCCCCUCAGCUCCUUCCCCUCCCCCCCCCCGUCCCCAUUGCUCCGUUUCCAGCUGCCCAACCUUCUCUAUGGUUACGCCUUCGCCCUCAGCCUCCAUAACGGGGACGACUCCCUCCUCCCAGAUGUCCCGGCCGCCAUCAUGGCCGUCUCUUCCUCUUUACGUUCCCGGCGGCCAUUUUGUUCUACCGUGGAAGCCAUAUUGGACGCCCGGCGUUGCGUUAAAUCCUAUGGGUACCCUCAGUGUCCAUUGGGGGAUGUUGGGACCGUUCGGGCCGUGGCCGAGUUGAUGAGGGGCCGCAGUCGGUUCCGACCCACUGAGGACGUGGAGGCGGCGCUGCAUCAUGUGGGGCUGAUGAUGGAGGGGGGCAGGAGGAGGAUG